UUGGACUUAACAAUCCAAGGAGAUGAAAAGAGUAUGACUGAAAAGCGGACAUUUGCCUUGCUGAUAGAAAGUUUGAGCCUGCUCUGCGGUCAUAAAAGAAGGGAAUCAUCUCUAAGGGCAACUUGAAAAGUUAAAAUGGGAAAGGAUGACUAUAACACAACCGUGCAGGCGGGGAGCGAUUACAGACCGAUUGGUGAGGAUCACAAUGAAGCAACCCCUUUGUUGGCACAGGGAGUUGCCUCCAGGGGGGCUUCCCUCACCUCCUCAGUCUUUAACCUGAUGAAUGCCAUCAUGGGUGCUGGCAUCCUUGGUUUGGCUUAUGCCAUGGCCAACACUGGCAUUAUAGGCUUCAGUAUUUUGUUGCUGCUGGUGUCCAGUCUAGCUGCUUACUCCAUUCACCUCCUUCUUAAGCUGUGUGACCAGACAGGAAUCACCUCAUAUGAAGGCCUUGGACACAAAGCUUAUCAGAAACCGGGCAAGAUCCUGGUGGCCAGCACUAUUCUCAUCCAGAAUGUUGGAGCCAUGGCGACCUACAUGUUCAUCCUAAAGUCUGAACUUCCUGCUACCAUCACCAGCUUCCUGAGCCCAGGCACUUCUGGUGAGUGGUAUGAAAAUGGCAAUUAUUUGUUGCUAUUGGUGACACUCUGUGUGGUCCUCCCUCUGGCUAUCCUACCCAAGAUUGGUUUUCUGGGUUACACCAGCAGUCUGGCCUUUCUCUUCAUGCUCUUCUUUGCGGUGGUGGUGGUGGUUAAGAGUUGGUCCAUCCCCUGUCCCAUUCCCCUUAAUUUGACCCUAAGUCUGAUGUCAAACGCCUCGGACUCAGAGUGCACUCCCAAACUGUUUGUCAUUUCCAGUAAGAGUGCUUAUGCUGUCCCCACCAUGGCCUUUUCCUUCCUGUGCCACACAGCAGUCCUGCCCAUCUAUUGUGAGCUGCACAGGCCCACAAAGCAACGCAUGCAGAAAGUUACCAACAUCAGUAUUUCUCUGAGUUUCCUGGUCUACCUGAUCUCUGCCCUGUUUGGCUACCUCACUUUCUACGACAACGUGAACUCUGAGCUGCUGCUGGGUUAUGACGCAUACCUGCCUCGGGAUGUCUUGAUUAUGUCAGUGCGACUUGCCAUCCUAUUGGCCGUCCUGCUCACCAUACCCCUCAUCCACUUUCCGGCACGAAAAGCAGUGUUGAUGAUGUUUCGAGGUGAGAGAUCGUUCUCUUGGCUCUCUCACUCUCUCUCUACUCUGCUUCUCCUCGCCGUGGUGCUGCUGUUAGCCAUCUACGUCCCAGACAUCAGGAAUGUGUUUGGAGUUGUGGGUUCCACCACCUCCACCUGUCUGCUGUUUGUAUAUCCAGGGAUAUUUUACUUGAAAGUUGGCACAAAUCCACCUAGAUCAGCUUCCUCUGCAGGGGCCUUCACUCUGGUGGUGUUUGGAGUGAUUGUGGGUCUUCUGAGCCUGUGCGUUAUCAUCAUUUCCUGGGCUCAGAACCCUUGACCACGGCUGAUCCGUCCCCACGAAUACGCUGCGCUAUGAGAAUCAUGACAGUCAUCGCCGUGGGAACCUGAAUGUAAGACCAGUAAGAGCAGAGGAAGGCAGAAACGGUGCUUACAAUGGGGAGCAUGGAUCAGGGGCUCUUCAAUGGCAAUACAAAGGUCAGCUGGAAAGGAGAGCCUAAACACUAAGUGACACUCUAUCAUUUCCCUCUUGGUUUUUCUGAUUGACUUUGUUAA